AUGGCGCGCAAUCAGCCCAUGAGCAUGGAGGCCAUGCUGGACGAGGAACGUAAGGAGGUCCUCGCCCUGCUCGAGGGGCGCUCGUCCCCCGAGGCCAUUCGCUCGACCUCGCCCUACACGACGCCUCGCUCGCCCGUCAGGAGCAUGCUCGACGUCGUCGACGAUGCCGCCAGCACUUCGAGCAAGAGCCCGCCCCGCGUCGCCCCCGUGCGCACAUGCGUCGACGUUCGACAGCCCCCCAUGCACCCCCGUGCGCAGGAGCAUGGCUCGACAGUUGACGUCCCCGCCGCCGGCCACUUCUCCAGCGGCCCCAACUCGCCCGUCGAGUCGAGGUCCUCUUUCCAGUCCAACCGCGCCCCCGCCCAUCACCCGCGCUCCAUGUCCGACACGAGCUCCAAGCCCAGCUUUGGGCCUCGUGCCUCCAUCGGCGGCCGUCUCGACCCCACCGCCGGCUACCAGUUCUCCGACAUCAACACGAACAACAUUGGCCAGGCCCUGCCCAAGAGGAACACCCAGGCCGCCAAGUUUGGCGCCUCGUCCUCGGGCAACGUCGGCAACACCAACGCCAUGGCCGAGGCCCCGCGCGGCAGCGAUCUCUCAAGCAUCAUCCUGCCGACCGACAGGACGGGGCGCCACGGCUCCGCCGCAGCGACAGACGCGCAGUCUGCUGGCGGCCGCCGAGGAAGAACGUAUCGAAGUGUCUACCAAUCAGCCAAACCGACAGCCCGGUACAGGUCACUCUUCGACGAGCCCGAGAUCACAGUCACGGGCCCCAGUGGCGAGAGGGCCAAGCCUUCCAAGCCCGGUGUCCAUCCCUCAACAGCAUUCGAUCAGAGCCCGACGUCGGGCCCGCCAAGCGCUGUCGACUCUGACGAGGAGGCAGACCUGACGGACAUCAAGCGAGCGCAAAAACUGGCCUUCUCCAUGACACCCGUCAUCUCGACGCCCGACUCCCAUCGCACCAUUCGCAUCGUGUAUCGAGGUGAAUUCGAUGAGCUCGAGCGCGCGGCGGACGAAGAGGGCCGCACGUUGCGAAAGUAUCUCGUGGCGACAGAUCUCAGCGACGAGUCGAGCCACGCGCUGGAGUGGACCAUCGGCACAGUCCUCCGUGACGGCGACACGCUCCUCGCGAUCUAUUGCGUCGACGAGGAGACGGGCAUCUACGCGGACGAGAAUGUGCUGAUCCCCGACGAAGUCAAGGCGCACAAGGAGCAGGCGGCGGCGAUCAAUGCAGUGACGGCUGGCAAGGACGGACAGGGCAGCGCGAACCCGGCGCCCAUCUUCCCGCACAUUUCACGAGCGACGGCCUUGGGUUUCGGGUCUAGGAGCUCGUCGCCGGCGCCGGCCAGCCGGGACAGGGGCAGGGCGGAGGAGGAGCGGCAGCGGGCAGUGGAGGAGAUCACGGAGCGGGUGACGAAGCUGCUGCGCAAGACCAAGCUGCAGGUGCGUGUGGUGGUCGAGGUCCUGCACUGCAAGAACCCCAAGCAUCUCAUCACGGAGGUGAUUGACCUCGUCAGCCCGACGCUGGUCAUUCUGGGCAGUCGGGGCCGCAGCGCACUGAAGGGCGUCAUUCUGGGCUCGUUCUCCAACUAUCUCGUCACGAAGAGCUCGGUGCCGGUCAUGGUGGCACGCAAGCGGCUGAGGAAACACAGCAAGUACAAAAAGGGGCCGAUGGGCCAGGUCAACAACCUCAGCAACCCAGCGAGCCGCAGUCUCGCGAACGCCAAGAUCGAUUAG